CUGAGGGGAGAAAACCGCAGCUAAGGACGUUGGGGGCAGGCGGCCGCGUUGCGGGAGGCGGUAACGGGACGGUGACGCGCGGUUGGUGCGCCCGGGGUCCGGCUUCUGCAUCCGAGGAGAGAUGAAUACGGUCAAGGCCCGGGUGGGGCCCGCGGCCGACCGGCCUGCGCCACCCGAGGAGAAGGAGGGCGAGGCGGGCGGGAAGGAGCCGGGGGCGGACGCGGCCCCCGGGCCCAGCGCCGCGUUCCGCCUCCUAGUGACUCGGCGAGAACCGGCGGUGAGGCUGCAGUAUGCGGUGAGCGGCCUGGAGCCGCUGGCGUGGUCCGAGGACCACCGCGUGUCGGUGUCCACGGCCCGCAGCAUCGCUGUGCUGGAGCUCAUCUGCGACGUGCACAACCCGGGCCAGGACCUGGUUAUCCACCGCACCUCGGUGUCUGCGCCUCUCAACAGCUGCUUCCUCAAAGUUGGCUCAAAAACGGAAGUUGCUGAGUGUAAGGAGAAAUUUGCCGCCUCUGAAGACCCCACAGUCAGUCAGACUUUCAUGUUGGACAGGGUGUUCAACCCUGAGGGGAAGGCUUUGCCACCACUGAGAGGAUUCAAGUACACUAGCUGGUCCCCCAUGGGCUGCGAUGCUAAUGGCAGGUGCCUCCUGGCAGCGCUGACCAUGGACAAUCGCCUGACCAUCCAGGCUAACCUUAACAGACUGCAGUGGGUCCAGCUGGUCGACCUGACGGAGAUUUAUGGGGAACGUCUUUAUGAGACCAGUUACAGGUUCUCUAAAAGUGAGGCCCCGGAAGGGAAUCUCAGGGAUUUUGCUGAGUUUCAGAGAAGACACAGCAUGCAGACACCAGUCAGGAUGGAGUGGUCAGGCAUCUGUACCACUCAGCAGGUCAAGCAUAACAACGAGUGCCGCGACGUGGGCAGCGUGCUCCUGGCCGUCCUCUUUGAAAACGGCAACAUUGCUGUGUGGCAGUUUCAGCUACCGUUUGUAGGAAAGGAAUCCAUCUCUUCAUGCAACACAAUUGAGUCAGGAAUCAACUCUCCUAGUGUUUUGUUUUGGUGGGAAUAUGAGCACAAUAAUCGGAAAAUGAGCGGCCUUAUCGUGGGGAGUGCUUUUGGACCUGUAAAAAUUCUUCCUGUCAAUCUCAAAGCAGUUAAAGGCUAUUUCACGUUAAGGCAGCCUGUCGUCUUGUGGAAAGAAAUGGACCAGUUGCCAGUACACAGCAUCAAGUGUGUACCGCUGUAUCACCCUUACCAGAAGUGUAGUUGUAGCUUAGUGGUGGCCGCAAGAGGACCCUAUGUGUUUUGGUGUCUUCUUCUGAUCUCCAAAGCAGGUCUGAAUGUUCACAAUUCUCACGUCACAGGCCUGCACUCACUGCCGAUUGUCUCCAUGACUGCAGACAAGCAGAAUGGGACGGUAUAUACUUGUUCCAGUGAUGGGAAGGUGAGGCAGCUGGUUCCCAUUUUCACAGAUGUUGCAUUGAAGUUUGAACACCAUUUGAUUAAACUCUCGGAUGUGUUUGGCUCAGUGAGGACACACGGGAUAGCUGUGAGCCCCUGUGGUGCGUACCUGGCCGUCAUUACCACUGAGGGCAUGGUCAACGGCCUCCAUCCCGUUAACAAAAACUACCAGGUUCAGUUUGUUACUCUCAAAGCCUUUGAAGAGGCAGCUGCUAAGCUUCUGCAAUCUUCAAUUCAAAAUCUCUUUAAGCAGGUAGAUUUAAUAGACCUAGUACGUUGGAAGAUUUUAAAAGAUAAACGUAUCCCUCAAUUUUUACAAGAAGCUUUGGAAAAAAAGAUUGAAAGCAGUGGGGCCACCUAUUAUUGGCGUUUCAAACUCUUCCUCCUGAGGAUUUUAUACCAGUCAAUGCAGAAAACCGCUUCAGAAGCCUUAUGCAGACCCAUCCUUGAGGACUCAAAAAUCUUACUAGUUGACUCACCUGGGACGGGCAAUGCUGAGGGCGAGCAGCAGGAAGAAGGCGCUGCCUCCGAACAGACGACUAAGCAAGGCCUUCAGGAGAGGAGCAAAGGAGGUGAUCCAGAGGGCCCCACAGAUGACUCAGUCACUCAGCCUGGAGACACUGGAGGCCGAGAGCCAAUGGAAGAGAAACUCCUUGAAAUCCAAGGGAAAAUUGAAGCUGUGGAAAUGCACUUGACCCGGGAGCACAUGAAGCGAGUCUUAGGCGAAGUAUACCUGCACACCUGGAUCACAGAAAACACUAGCAUCCCCACCCGGGGACUCUGUAACUUUUUAAUGUCUGAUGAAGAGUAUGAUGACAGAACCGCACGGGUGCUGAUCGGACACAUCUCAAAGAAGAUGAACAAGCAGACUUUCCCUGAGCACUGUAGUUUGUGUAAAGAGAUUUUGCCAUUCACAGAUCGCAAACAGGCAGUCUGUUCCAAUGGCCACAUUUGGCUCCGGUGCUUUUUAACCUACCAGUCCUGCCAGAGUUUGAUAUACAGAAGGUGUUUGCUCCAUGACAGCAUUGCCCGCCAUCCAGCCCCAGAAGAUCCUGACUGGAUUAAGAGGUUACUGCAAAGCCCCUGCCCUUUCUGUGAUUCUCCUGUCUUCUGAAUGUCCAGGAUGGGAAGAUGGAAAGGGCAUGUACUCUGCUGUGGAAAGUGCCGUCCAGCCCCAAGAGCUAGGACGCGCAAGAGGAGAGGCACCCUUCAUGACUGUACAUAGGGCGUGGGGACUCACUGCUGAAGUGUGUUCUCUGUCUCCAGGGACUAAAGAAUGUCUUUAAAGUGACUGAGUGCAGAGAUUUUAAGUCCUUUUGAGAUGAACAUUAUCCCCCAACUCCUUGCCAAUGAGGAACUUAUUUUUCAAGUGUCUUGACUGAAGCAGUUUGAACAAAACGCAUGCCCUGUCAUUUCUCAGAACAGAAUGGUCCCUUCUAGGGAGUAUGGAUAAGGGCCUUGCUGGGCCGAGUUAGGCUUUUUAAUUCUGGCCUUGGUCUGGAACUGUCUUGUGGCUCCAGGGAGCUGUAGUUACCUGGUACGUGGUAUGCAGUGUCCCAACAGAUAUUAAAGUGUCUGAAACAACCUGUGGGCCUGAUAUUUGGUUCUCAACAAACAACUGCAGAUCUGCAUCCUGCCAGUUGUUUUUCAUGCAUAUUGAAAACAUUUUCUUAAAACUAUAUAUUUUAAAGAGGUUGAAGCCAAGACUAAAGUUGGUUUUAAUGUGUCAAAAGAUCAGGUGACUCUUGUAAGUUAAUAAUUGUGACAUUUUUAAUGAUCUCUCCCAUGUCAUCAGUUUCCUGCUCUGACUCCUUCACAGGUAUAAGGAUGUCAAGUAUUCCUGUUCACCUGCAUCACAACCCUCUUCAGACUUACCUGUGACAACUUGGUGAGAUAUUUGUACACAGAGGAAAAGUAAUAUUUUCUCCUUUUUUAUUAAAACAUUUAAUAUUUUUAAUGUUGAUAUUUCCAGACGUAUCAUUUAUAUCCCGAGUCUGUCUAGAGACGUCCAGAAAGAGACAGGCAGCUCAGAAGUGUGGACCCUUGAGCUCUGGUGCUAUCGUGUGUGUAGCUCAGUCAACCAGAGGCUGGGAAUUCCUUCCCCCUGCAAAGGUCCUCGAUAUUUAUAAUACAGGUAUUUUCCUGUGGACUGUUAAGAAGAGAUGUUAGACAUUAAUUGGUCUUAAAACCUACAAUUAACAAUAGACAUUCUAGAACUACAGUGUCCUUGGAUUUUUAAAAUAAGUAUCCUAGGGAUUGGUGCUAAUUAACAGGACUGUAAGGCACUCACCUUGAAAUGGUGCAUAUUUCUGGGAAGUUGGAUGGGAAAUACAAAAUGUGAAAUUUAAGUGAUAUUAAACCUUUAUUCUAACACUUAUUCUUGCUCUUAUUUUUGUAUCCUUAGUGAAAGACAUUUUGUCCUCACUGAGAAACGCUUGCUGUUUGGAGAGCAUGUAACAGCAACACCGCUCCCGCCUGUAGGCUCUCUCCCCCUAGUGUCUUCCCUGCUCUGUCCGUAGCUAUUGGAGACAAGAGCCCUUAAGAGGCACUUCCAGACAGUCUGCUUUGAAAUGUCUUUUGUUUCCCUUUCAAAUUUUUGUUUUUGUCUCCUGUGUUUAAUUCUGUAUUUCUGCUGCUGUUUAGUUCUGCUGGAUCACCUGCUUAUCUUUCUCAUUUUGGUGGUAAUUUCAAGAGGAGUGUUUAUCCAGACUUCAGGGUCCAGCAUGUUCAAAUGAUUGUCAAGGAAGAGAACCAGGCAACAUUAAAAUCAGGAAGAACACAGCUCAGGAAGCUGUAUAGCUGCGGUCGUUUGUGCCUAGAGCUGUUUCACUUUACAGUAAAUAUGACAGUAAAAAUUGAGAUCCUGUCAGGGAAUUCUUGCAGUUUCUAUACUCAGAGCACGUGCUGAGUUUCACUUAUACUCAGAGCACAUGCUGAGUUCCACUUAUACUCAGAGCACAUGCUGAGUUUCACUUAUUUUUUUUUCCUAAUCAGAGUUAGUAGUUGAUUUGUUCUUACUGAGGAAUUUUGUGCUGCUGCCAUUUAAAACUUACGUUAAGUUUUUAUUUAAAGCAGUUAUGCAUUUGGGGGGAAAAUUUGACUCUUAGGAAUAAACUAAAAAGGGUCACCUGAGUUAUUUUGUAUGUCUGGGUAGCAGUAAACAUGGCAACUCUUUUACUAGAACGUAGCUUCUCUCUGGGGGGCUCUGCCCAAUGGCAUUCUUAAGGCUGAAAUCCAGCCAGCACCUGCCUCAAAUUUCUGCACACCGAGUUGGGAGCCCUCUGCCCCCUCUUCCCACCCCUCCCUUCUGUGGAGGUUAAUCCAUUGACCUGUGAGAACGAGAGGAGAUUUUCAGUUAAUGGCAGCAUCACACAGUGCGCUUCUGAAUGUCCUAAGGGUCAGCAUACUUGGUGACAGAGUGGUGAGCAGCGAAGCCCUGGAAGAGCGUGAGGGACGCCGGGAAACUGUCUCCUGGUUUACACUUAGCAUAUGCCCUCUGUGCCUUCCUAGAACUCACCUGAUCUGUGUAGUGGAUUUCAAGUUAAUUUCAGCUGUCACCGCUCCACAGCGUGGAUGAGACGGCCAUGAUGCCGCUGCUUUGCAUGAAGGUGCAGGAGCAAAGGUCCUGUGCAAUUAGACCUUCUAAGCCAUGACAGUGUUGCAUUUUGGGAGUCUGAUGUCCACACCUGUGUCACACUUUCUCUGUUGAGGGUUAUUUGUUCCUGUUAUUCUAGAUAAGAAAUUGAGAGUUCGUUAGGCCUGAUACUCAUUCUGAAAUCCUAUGUCCACUACCCAGACUUCAAGCCAUCUCUGCCUACUAUUGUAUCUGCCCAAACUACCAGUUAUUUUUCAAUGUCAGGAGUUACUAGAACCACUGGUGAAGCUCAUGGUCGAGGGUGACAUUUUUCUGCUUCUCCCUCUAGGAAGUUUUUGAGAAUGUUAAUGCUGGGGCGUGUGGGCUAGACCUAUUAGCAGCCUUCACCAGUUAGGUUAAAAGAAGGUCAGAGGGUAAUAACUGAAUAUUAAAAUAUAUUCUGUUGUAACUGUAAUGGUGUCAGAUUAUAUGCAGAAGAAAUCAAGGCUCAUUGGUCUUGUCUGGAGGAACACAGAGCUGCUUUUUCAGAGCACCCGCUCUCCUGGCAGCACUGAGCUGUGUCGGGGUUUGGUGAAUUGCCACGGCUCCUGGAAUGAAAGCAGGAAUUACUGUCACUGUACGAUUUCCACGGGUCCAUCCAUCCUCUCUGCUCCUGACCUCCCUCUCCCUCCCUUCCAGGAGGGGUCCUCUCCAUUUCCGUCCCUUUAGUUCUCUCAGCUUUAGGACACCUUCUGAGCUACCAGAUUUGAAAGAAAAAUAGGUUUGUGAUAAAAUUUCUAAAAACUAAAUCACAUAGCAGGUCUCCCUUCCUAGAAGAAACUAUUAAACAGUAGUUUUUCUUUCUAAGAGUAAUAGUGUUAGUUGUUAACAACUUGAUAAACUGUAUCUGGUUUUCUUCAAAACUCUGAAUUAUAAUUUCCCUGUUGGAAAUUUCCCACACCUUCAGGCUGGACUUUGGGCAGAGUGGGCUGGAUUUCAUCUCCCUGCCACCACCCGCUCUGCUCCCCAAGCCAGUUAUUCCUGACAAGCAAAAAAAAAUUCUGGCUAUAUUCAAAGUCAGCAGGCCUAAACUUUUUUAAGGGAAAGAUAGGUUCUGCCCUUUUUUCUUUUUAGAGAUGGGACAGCACAAACAGCAAAUAGCUGGACCAAUAAAAGCAUCUCUUUACGGCUAGCCCUGCGUGGACUGUUGGGGUCUGCAGGCUUCCAUGGUUGAGUGUGAACAAACACAUCCCUGUGCUCUCACGCUGCUACCUGUGUGGGUGGGGCUCAGCAGCUCUGUUGACAGCAGAGCGGCUCGGGCAUCUAGCCUCUCCCCUCACCAUCGUCGGAUUGUAAAAAUGCCUCUAUAGCAGACCUAACUGAAGUGAAGUGGUUGCACUUUAGCUGUUAGUGGAAGUAGCAGCCGGCAGUUUCCAGCAGAGUUUUAGACCAUGUCUCAAGUCUCAUAGGUAUUAAGCUUUGAACUGCUCUUUUUUGAUGCUAAAAGAAGUUUUUGGAGCUAGGAUCUUCAUGUGAUAACCUGGUAUCUGCAGUUCAAGCUGACGUUAGAGCGUGUGAGAUUUGACUGUCCUUAUACUGCAUUAAGUCAGCUUUGCAGUUGCUUCUAAUGAUCACUCUCACCACAGCAUCGCUAUCCUGGUGUACAGCAGGGUUUUUCAGGAGAUGCAGAGUUGUUUCCCUGGCACAGAUGCACAUCAGUAUCAGGACUGGCUGGCUGGCCUGAGUCUGGUAAAUAGGGUGCAGCCUCCUAUCUGCCUGUAUGGUUUGUUUUAAGAUGGCUGUUUCUGAAAACUUGCUGUAGAAAUCAGUAAAUUUAACGGGGGAGAGACUUUAUAUAACGAAGUCCUGUAAAGAAGUUAAUCUUUUUGUUAUAUAAUAUGUAUGCCCCCAACCUCUUAAUCAGAUUAGGUGAUUCCGCUUUUAUCUUGCAUUUUAACUUAUAACUAUACUCCAGGGGGGGAGACUUAAUAUAUGAUAUGAGGUCCCAGACAGUGCGUUUAUUCACCACAGUAUUAUAUGGUUAACCAACAUGGUGUUCAUUCAUUCAUUCAUUCAUUCAUCCCAGGCUUGGGAGGAGUUGCAAAGGGGGAAUGAUGAUACUUUCAUACUGAUGUGAUAAAGCAAAGGUGCAGGCUGUCUAGUUGAAAUAUUGUAAAUGGGUUGGUGGACUUGAAUUUCAGAACUCUAAAUCUUAUAGUUAUUUCUAAGGUAAAAACUUGCUUACCUCACUAUUAUGAAGUCCUGUUAGUUUCAUAGAAAGAUCCUGUGAAAUGGUCUCCUUGGAUGGUGUAAGAGGUGGUGGCUUUGAAGCAUUUCAUGUGUUAUCAGUUUGACUCUUGGCUGACAGACUGGUGAGGUCUAGGGUGUUUUGUUUUGUUUUUGGUAUUAAUGCAAAAAUGAAUUAUGUCUUUUUCAAGACUGACUCAGAUUUGUACUUCAGUGUAUGAAAAGAAAGUGAACAUCAAACUUGUGUACACAGAAAUAAGACUGUAUAGAAAAAUAAGUCUGUGUUGUGUAGAGUAGUAUAUAUUUUGUUUAUCCAGUGCCUGCGCUAUCUUUGUGCUUGGCUUCAAAUUAUGUGUUUGUUUACAUAUGACAUUUUUUGAAAUAAAAAGAAAAGGCAACUAAAAACUUAAGGUUAUGGAAAGGAGAUGGUUUUUUAAUGCUUACCAUCUGAUUAGGUGGUGUGUUUUAAACGUUUAGUGUGUAAAUAAAAAACUUUAAGAAUAAUAGCACAUUUUGCUUGGAAUACCCCCAUCCAGAAGAAUUGGCUGCUUCCCUGCAUUAUACGUAUGUACAUAGUGUUCAUUAUUAGAUUGUAAGCUCCUCAAGGGCAGGGACUGUCUGUCUCAUCUUGGUAGUUCCUGCAGCACCAAGUGUCAAGUGCCUUGCACAGAGUAGGUGCUGGUGAUACAGAGAAUGAGUGAGUAACUUCCUGCCACCUGUAAGACGAAGCAUGGUUCACUUUUUCCAGUGUGUUCAAAACUGCGAAGAACUGAUGACCGGAAGAGGGCAGAAUUCUUUCUUGGGUUUGAACUGGGUCUCCUGGGCUGAAGCAGACCAUGCUGUCUCCUUUGCACUAGUUAUCUUCUUUCCCUGAAGAUACACUGGUGUCCUGAGCUUUUAUCUGAUAGUAGGGCAGAGGUUUCCGGGAAAAGUUUGAAGUGGGAAAGAUUAUAGAGAAAAUGAAAUGGAAAUUAUGGAGGGUGUUUGUCAAAUGCAGUCCUGUGGGGCAAUCAUCUUAUUUUAGUUACUACUAAAGAAAAGGGUAGCAAAUUCUCUUUCUUUACCAGUUAGCUGGUUGGCCAAUUUUCCAGUUAAUGAAAUCGUUGGUUUUUUAGCUUUUUCCCAUUUUGGAUACCCCGCAAUUGCUCUUAGGAUUCUGGUACUUAGAGUCUAUUAAAGUUGCUGUGAACAUCCAGUGCUGUACAUAAUGGCGGUUUUGUAAAUGUGAAAUAACCUCAAUUAUGUUGUGUUUUGUAUGCAGAGCCACUAGUAUUGUUAUCUUGGCCACUUUUUUAUUCAAAAUAAAUAAAUAAUCAAAUUACUUGUA